AUGAUCACUCGAGGCCAACAUGAUCACUCGAGUCCAAUACCAUCCCUCGAGGCCAACGCCAUCCCUCGAGGCCAACACCAUCCCUCGAGUCUAACACCAUCCCUCGAGUCUAACACCAUCCCUCGAGGCCAACACCAUCCCUCGAGUCCAACACCAUCCCUCGAGGCUAACACCAUCCCUCGAGGCCAACACCAUCCCUCGAGUCCAACACCAUCCCUCGAGGCCAACGUCAUCCCUCGAGGCCAACGCCAUCCCUCGAGGCCAACGCCAUCCCUCGAGGCCAACGCCAUCCCUCAAGGCCAACGUCAUCCCUCGAGGCCAACACCAUCCCUCGAGGCCAACGCCAUCCCUCGAGGCCAACACCAUCACUCGAGGCCAACACCAUCCCUCGAGGCCAACACCAUCCCUCGAGUCCAACACCAUCCCUCGAGGCCAACGUCAUCCCUCGAGGCCAACGUCAUCCCUCGAGGCCAACACCAUCCCUCGAGGCCAACGCCAUCCCUCGAGGCCAGCACCAUCACGCGAGCACUCCACAUUCACUAA